AUGGGACGAAGUGCACAGUUGAUUAUUUUAUCGCUAUUAGUACUUUUUAUUCACGAAGGUUUGGCAAUAAAAUGUUGGGAGUGCAGAUCAGAUUCUGAUCCAAAGUGUGCUGAUCCAUUUGAUAAUUCUACGGUUCCAAUAGCAGAUUGUUCUGAAAAACGUGAAUUGAGUCAUUUAAAAGGCGUUAAAUCAACAAUGUGUCGUAAAAUCAGACAAAAAGUCAAUGGAGUUUGGAAAUACAUAAGAAGUUGUGCAUACUUAGGAGAACCCGGCAUAGGUGGUGAUGAAAGAUUUUGUUUGAUGAGAACAGGAUCUUACAACAUAUUUAUGGAAUAUUGUACGUGCAAUAGUAAAGAUGGAUGUAAUGCGGGUACAUCUAUAAACAGCUCUUGGAUCGUUUCAUUAAUUGCUGGUUUAUUGACGCUAGGAUACUAUUUAACAGCUAAGUGA